AGUAGACUAAGUAGAAAUAUGGGCCACAUAUCCGUUUGUGGUAAAUCUAAAUCACAUGAUAGUUAAAAAUGGAAAAUAAUAAUAAAAAUAACAAAGUAAGUGACGAGAAACCUAAUGGAUUAAAUAACCAAGAUAAAGUACUAGGACAAAAUUUCAGUUUAGACGAGUCACUGACAGCUUUGUUAGCCUCAACCCUUAUAGCCUCAGAACCAGAUGAUAUAAACGAUAUAGAGGAAAUAGCUGGAGGUUUGUAUAAAGUAUAAGAGUAUAGCCAGUAUUAUAGGCAUAGGCUACAGUGUAGGCUACAGUGAUUCAGUACAGUACCGCGACUGAUGACUGAAUCAUUGUAAUUGUUGAGUUCGAGUCAUUUCAUUCAUUGUCACAUAUGAGUUAUAAAUUAAUAUUGUUAAAUAUUAUUAUUAUAAAUGUAUCUUAUGUAUAAAAUCAGUGUAUAUAUUUUUUUUAAAUAUUUAUAUGGGGCGCCCCCCCCCAACUCAUAAAUGACGUCACUCGUCUAAAAAAAGGGGGGGUGGCACAUUUUUUGUUACCUGGCAGGGGGGGGGGGCUUAAGCAUUGUUACGUCAAAUGAAAAACGGAACAUUGUAGUAAAGAAUUGCACUAAUAACCUUAAAUUUUAAAUACAGACAUUUUUAGCAUUAUUCUUUUAUACAAUUAUAAUUAUUUUAUUUUUAAACCAUCAUCACUGAGAGAAUCAUUACAGGUAUGCAAGGUCAGAGAAAUGGGCUCUGAUCAAGUUACAGGACGCCAGGAAAGAGGAGAAUCGGGGUGUAGUUACAAUGACAGUCAUCUUAGUAAAGUAAAUGCUCUAGGGCAGGGAUUCUGAACUUUUUUGCAGUGCUGCAGGCCCACUCCGUUUUAAACAUCCCCCACCCCCAAACCAUAUAAAUUAUAUUGUAAUGAAAUUAAACUUAAGUAAAUAAUUAAGUUUUUGUAGUUUUAUUUCUUUAAUUUGCUUUUUAUAAACAAAGCAAAAAAUUUCCAAUACAAUAAGUAAUGGGUCAACAAAAUACACCAGAAAAAAAUUUACUGCUGCUAAUCAAAAUGCACAAAAACUUCUUUUUUUUUAAAAAAUUGCAACAACUAGCAAUGGGAGCAAAUGCAGUUUUUUUUAACUUCCACACCUCAGCAGGGCUGGGGAAGUACUUUUACCCCAGUUUAAGAACCACUGUUAUAGUGAAAUUUUCUGACAAUUUGAUAUCCAUUGGAGGUGAAUUUCUUAAGGGUUUGUAUUGUAAAGGACAGUAGUGGACAUAGGGAUUUUUUAUUUAGGAGGUUGGAGGGGGGUCUAACUUUUUGUGACAAUUUGUGAUUUAUUUGUUUAAACAUUAAUAUAAUAAACUAUUUUCUUUUUAAAUCAAUCAACAACAAUGAAAAAAUUAGAUAUCCUUGUCGCUGUUGGAUUUCAUUAAUGUUGCUUAAUGUCGUCAUCUUAAGUAAAGUGUUUAUUUUCAGAAAUUACACAGAUUUUAAAAGAUGUUUUUUUUCUUAUUAUACAAAACUUUAACCCAAAUUUUUUUUUUUUUUUUGAUGAGCGGAAAAAUAGUUAUAUUUAUAUCUUUGAAAAAGCCCCACUUUAGAAAAAUGGUCACUAUCUAUUCAUUCGCUUCAUAAAUCUAAGGGAAUUUUUCAUUUUUGUGCAGGAAUCCAAAUUCACUUGCUGAUUUUUUAAGAAUUCCAUAUGUGUUGCAUGUUUAUUUGAACAGAGCAUUACAUAGUUAUAUUGGCUUAUUCAAUUCUUAUCUAUAUUAUACUGGUACUAUUAUAAAUAGUAUAUCUACUUAGCAUUAGCAGGCCUACUAUUAAUACUUAUUUUACCAUAGUAAAAUAUACCAUAUUCUAAAGACACAAACUUUUUUUUUCAUCUUCAGAAUAUUCUGUCUUGAAUAACACAAUAGAUGAACUAAACAGUUAUUUAGACAGAUGGGAUCAGCGCCAUGAUCUGCUUCGAGCACAGAUUAAGGAAGUGCUGAAAGAAAAUCAAGAGGAAGAGAGAGUCAAAUCAGAAGAAAGUGGUCAUGAAAACUCUGUUGUGACAAAAUCUAAAAAAGACGAUUCCAGUUCAUCCGAAAAAUGUUGUGGAGGUAAACAAGAUUCAGAAUAACAACCAGAUUUAGAAGUGGGGGG